AAAAAAAUUGAAUUGAAAUUUUUUUCUACAUAUUAUUUUAUCAAAAUAUUAGUAUUUUAAUUAAAUAUUAUAGUGAAUAAUAGUGUUUAGUAGUGUCAUAAGUGAAAGGUGUUUAAAAAUUAGAUAAAAGAGUGUCCAAGUUUCAUGUUUUCGGAAUUAAUGAUUUUAUGAUUUCUUUCAUUGAAACUUGAUUUAAUUUUUUUUUUUUUUGAUUUUAAAUAAAAACUUCUCUUGACUAAAAAAAUGUAUUCAACAAUGGAUAAACAGUCAUCGAGUAGCAACAAUUUGAAAAUGACUACAACAUCUUCGUCAGGUCAGGAAAAUAGUGUAACUAUGCGUGAGAAAAAAAGUGGAGCCUUGCAGAAACUAAAAAAGCGGCUGUCACAUAGUUUCGGAAGAUUAUCCAUUUCGAGAGAGGAUAACGAUGAUACUAAUAAUCACCAUAGUCAGAACAGAAAUAAUAGUAAAAUGCCAUACAAUGGAUAUUCAGACGAAUAUUUAGAUCGUUUAGAAACAAAUGGAAAUAUUCAGGCUGAUAAUAAAGCUUACAGUAAACAUUGGUCUGGCAAUCACGGUCAAGUUCAUAGGCAAUUAUCUGUAUCGUCAGAUAGUAAGUUGUUAGAUGAUGACAUAAGGGAAGAAACUCGUGUGAUAAUGAGACCUAAGAAACCACCACGUCCGAAAUCAGAAGUGUUCCUAAAUAAGCAUGAAGCGAAUCCACGAAGGAAGCGAUUCAGUGCAUUUGGAGGAGAUUCUCCUUUUGGAAAGUCCGAGGCAUAUGUGAAAUUAGAACAGCUUGGAGAAGGUUCAUAUGCAACAGUAUUCAAAGGUUUUAGCAAUCUUACAAACCAAGUAGUUGCUCUGAAAGAAAUAAGACUACAGGAGGAAGAAGGUGCUCCAUUUACCGCAAUUCGCGAGGCAUCUCUAUUAAAAGAGUUAAAACAUGCAAAUAUUGUUACACUUCAUGACAUAGUACACACAAGAGAAACCUUGACAUUUGUGUUUGAAUAUGUGAAUACUGAUCUUUCUCAAUACAUGGAACGACAUUCAGGUGGCCUCGAUUAUAGAAACAUUAAAUUAUUUCUCUUCCAAUUAUUACGUGGCCUCAACUAUUGCCAUAAAAGGAGAGUCUUGCAUAGAGAUGUAAAGCCACAAAAUCUAUUAAUAAGUGAAAUUGGUGAAUUAAAACUUGCUGAUUUUGGUUUAGCAAGGGCUAAAAGUGUACCAAGCCAUACAUAUUCACAUGAAGUAGUAACUUUAUGGUACCGUCCUCCAGACGUUCUUCUUGGGAGCACAGAUUAUUCGACCUCAUUAGAUAUGUGGGGUGUUGGAUGUAUCUUUAUCGAGAUGAUAACGGGCUUACCAACGUUCCCAGGAAUUCGUGAUACAUAUGAUCAAUUGGAUAAAAUCUUUAAACUCCUUGGAACGCCAACCGAAGAAACAUGGACAGGAGUAACGCAUUUACCAUCCUACAAGCCACACAAAUUAGGUUUUUAUCGACCUCGCAAAUUAGGUUUAAGUUUUCCACGUUUGUAUGAUAUUCCGGAAGGAGAAGCAAUGGCUAGUGCAUUAUUACAGCUAAAUCCAAACAAUCGGAUAGGGGCAGACGCUGCUCUAAUACAUCCAUAUUUUAACCAAUUGCCUAAGAAACUUUACGAGCUUCCCGAUGAAACUUCAAUAUUCAACGUGGAAGGAGUUUUGGUACAUCCUGAACCCAAUCGUGAACGACAUAAUAACUGAAAUUUAAGAAAAUCUUUAACUAUGGAUGAUAUUUGUUUUUUCUAUUGUUGAAUGUAUUGAAUGAUGAAAGUUUUUUUAAAAAAAAGAAUUGACCCUUUCUAAUUUAAAGGAACAAGAAAAUACCAUAAGAAAAUGAAUGAUGAGGAAUUUUUCUAUCCAUCAAAUGGCAAAUAGUUGUGUGCCAUAGAUAUAUAGAUCCAAUCAAAUAAAAAUGAAUGAUACAUCGCAAUAAUUGUGCAAGAGUAUAACCUCAGGAGUCAAUCCAUUAAAGAUACAGUUUUAUAAUCAUUUCGGUAUGUCAAAUUGUUUUUAAAAAAUUACUUUGUUAAAAGACAAAAUUUAAAAAAAAAAUAUUAAUGAAUGACUAAGUAGCUACCGGAUUUUUCAUAGAGGUUUUUUAAACUAUUAAAUAACGUAUUUUCAUCAGUAAUUGAAAACAAAAUGAAUUUAAAGUUCAAAAGAAUAGGAAUCAAACAGAUUUUGACUUGAGCAUAACAUAAGUAAUGUCAAAAGACAAUCCUGAGCAGAUGCUCGGGGAACUGUACUAAAAUUCUUAAAUUAAAUCUCCAAGACUUCUGUUGUCAAAUGACUACAUAAGUAAAAUCAAAAUUGGACAUAGAAAUGAAUGUUUUAGAUCAAUAAUAUUAAUAAUUUUUAAUUGAUUGUUUGCUUCGAAGCAAUUUAUGGCAAAUUACCACAAAAUAGCAAAAGAAUAUAACAUAAAACUGAUUCUUCAAUAGCUUCAGCUCACCGUCCUAAUUUGACGCAAGAAAUAAUAUAAAUCGAAAACCUUAGAAAAUGUAAAAAAAAAUAUUCAAUAAAUUUUUCAUCUUGUAGCACAAUCUAUUAAAAGAAAGAAAAUUGAUUUAUAGAGGAAAUUAAUUUUUCUGUUCAAUUUAAAUUCAAUUUUUGUGUUUAUUCUUAGGCAAUUCAAAGCGAUCUUCAUAUUCACAUUGAUUGUAGACUUUAUGAAAAAAUAAUUAUUAAUUCAGUCAAAGAAUUAGCUGCAAGCUUUAAUGCAUUUAUGAGUAAAUAGAAUCCCCCCCAGUUUUAAGUCAUUCUAUUGAAUCACGAUUAAUAGGAAGUGUGAAUAGUUGUGUGAAAUUUGUCGGUUGGUGAUGACUAUAAAGCAUUUUUUGGCAGCUAAAUGAUGCUCUCGUGAGCUUUUGAACUUAAUCGAUUUUGAGAGUUAAUUGCAACAAAUUUUCUUAAAUAAUUGAGCCUAAUUUUGCUUAAAAAGAGAUGUAGAUUUAAAGGACUUUUAAAAUUUAAAUUUUCUGACGAACAUUAUAAAUUGAGUUUCUGAACAUGUUCAGAAAUUUUAAGAUUUUUACAUGAAGCAAAUUGAACUCAAACUCAAAGACCAGGAAAGACUUAAAAAUAAACAUCAAGCCAAUGUAAUUGAUAAAGAAAGAAUUCAUUUCAUCACAACUAUUCAUAAGAUAUCUCCGAAAAAAAAUAAAAAUAUAAAAUAAAAUAAAUUCGAAUUUCCAGUAUUCCUUUUUUGAGCUAAGGUAUCAGAUAAAUAGAAAUGAAGUGAUAAGCACUUCUAGAUUAAGCGGAAGAAGAAAAACAAAAUAAACGAAAUUUAAUCCAAACUAAUGAUAAGCAGAUAUAAAGAUAUGAGGCUCAUUAUUUCAUCAAAUUUCAAGUUUCAUGACUUUUUUUGUGUUUGUCUGACAAAGACUUGCAAGUACAACUGAUUUUUUUAAUUCAUAUGAUAAUCCACAGACAAACAGUGAUAGUUUUUACUUCAAAGACUUGCUUCCAUGAUUUAUUAUUACAAGGAUUUUUUUUCUUAAUUUUCUCUAUCCUCAAAAUAAAUUGAAUUUAAAAUAGAAAAUCGUUCGAUACGUACUUGAAAAUAGCAUUCUUCUUCUUUUCUGCCUGCAUGCAUUAGAUUUCUUCUUCAAAAAAAAAAAUAAGAUGAAAAAGUAGUGUGAUUAAAGCCAGCAUUUUCCUAUUAAAUGAAAAAUAAAGAUUAUUAAUAGAUAAAGAAAAAAAGUGAAAAAACUGUCUUAAAUGAUAAUUAAACAGCCGCCCCAAUUAACACGAUUUAGAUGUCAAAAUUUUUAUAUAAUGAAAAAAACUUUAACAUAGCAAAUAGAAUGACGUCCACCCAAAAUAUAAAAUUAAGUUGCAAAGCUCAGCUUUAGCAUAACUUUUUUUUUAUUUCAUUUUCCGUAAAAUUUAUUCAAAAGAGAAAAAUUAAUAAAGAAAAAAAUUACUAUAUUUAGAUUAAAUAUGAUUGUGAUAACAAUUUAAGGAAAAAAAGAAUGAAAAAUAAGGAAAUUCGAAGCAUAUUGCUACUAUCCUAAGCUAUGCAAAAGAUUUUAGCAGUUGAUUUUGUUGUGAAUGAUUCAAAGCAUGAAAACACAUUGAUUUUAAUUUAAUUUAUUUUAAUUAUAAGGAAGUGAGAACUGUGAUUAGACUAGAAAAUCUCUAAAUGCCACAGAAAAUAUAUAACGGCUUUUUGAAAUUCAAAUUUAAUUUGACUCAAAUGAGAUGAAAGAUCUGUUUUAAACUGAAUUGAAAUGAAAUCACUUGAGUUACUAAAUGACCAAAAACAUAAUUUUUGAAUGUCAAAGAACCGAUAAAAUUUUCAAAUUUUUUUAUCAGUCAAAAAAAGCAAUAGAAACAUUUUUACCAGACUUAUCAGCACUCUAUAAAGACCUCAUACUUAACAAUUAACUCACUUCCAAAUUGAAAAUACAUCAAAUUAAGCAAAAGUUUUCACGCUUUGGAUUAGAUUAAUAAUUUUAAAUAAAAAAUGAUUUUCUUUUCAAAAAGAAAAAAAAAAUUGGAAAAAUGAAAACAGGAAAACAUAAUGAAUAAAAAAAGGAUAUAUUCAAUUGUAAAUUUAAUGAAAAUUUUUAUAAAUAAGUAAAUAGUUGUAAUUAUUGAGUUUAAAACAAAUUUUUAAAAGAGAAACAAAAAUGGAGAAAAGAUUUUUUUUUCUUAAAUACAUUCACCAAGUCACAACUUUUUCAUAUUCAAUUCAAUUAGAUGAAGAAAAAAAAAGGAAAUAGAAUUCGCACCAAUUAAAUAUUGAGAAAAAUAAUGAAUAAAAGGAAUGUUGAA